AUGGAGAAUGAGAACAAAUUGCUCAAAGACCAACUGAAAGAAUACCAAGAACGAGUCGACAAGAUACGUGAUGCCCCUAAGCUACUACCAAAGAGGGACACCGGCAGGAUAUAUGAAGGAACAACCGACCCUGAAGAUCACGUGACUCAGUACGUCACUUCCAUGAAGGGCAACGACCUUGCCAAGGAACAUGUGUACUUUAUUUUGCUGAAGAAAUCUGGCGAAACCCUUACUGGAGGGGCAUUAACAUGGUACUCACAGCUACCGGCCCGCUCUAUUAAAACCUUUGAAGAAAUGGACGAAAAAUUCGUGAUGGCGGAUGCCAGGGCCAAGAAAGCCGAAACAAGAGUAAACAACAUCUUCAUCAUCAAUCAAUCCAUAGGAGAGGGACUAAGGGACUUCAUCGCCCGAUUUAAUAGGGUAAAGAUGACCUUACCAAAUAUAUCCGAAGAGAUGGCAGUCGCAGCCUUUCAGAACGGGUUGAGUAGAGAGGGUUUAAGAGCGACUAGAAAGUUGCUGAGCCAGUUGAUGAAGUACCAUCUGACCACUUGGGAUGAAAUCUAUAAUGCUUAUUGUGCCGAAGUCCGGGCAGAUGACGAUGACUUUAAUAGGUCAACUCGAUGGCUCAUCUCGGAAUGCGGGCACAGGACAGAAGAUUGCAUCGCCCUAAGGCAAGAGUUUGUGGACAUUUUGAAGCAAGGACACCUUAAAGAGCUGCUGAGCGACAAGGGAAAGAGCACCUUCGCCAGGGGUCGAGAACGUCAAGGCCUGCCGAAGUCGCGCUCAUGGGACCGCACCAUCAAUAUGCUUAUUGGCGGCAACGAUGAUGCCUCCUUCAACGGUAUCAAGUUCAUCGUCAGUCACAAGCUCAAAAGAUCUAUCACCCACGAACGGUAUGACAGGCUCGAAAAAAGUAUCAUCUUCGAAGAGUCAGAUGCCGACGAUUUGACUUUCCCUCACAAUGAUGCUCUUGUCAUUACUUUACGAAUUUUAGAUACUGAUGUUAAGAGUAUCAUGGCAGAUGAUGAGAGUGGAGUAUGCAUUAUCCAUCCCCAAGUCUUCGCCUAG